AGCUGACUAAGGACUGACUAACCAAGUACUGAUCGUACUGCUUUAUGUUUUACCUGCGCUUCUGAUAAGUAGAAUUUUCUCAUUUGGAAAGAAAACUAUUUAAAAAUCUCUAUCAUUUAGAUUUAGGCCAGUUUAUAUUGUGUCUAUUUAAAUAAUGAGUGAUGAAGAUAUGGACAUUGAGAUCGAGUCAGACGCUGACAAGAGAGCUCAUCACAAUGCAUUAGAAAGGAAAAGGAGAGACCAUAUUAAAGAUAGUUUCUCCAGUUUGAGAGACUCUGUUCCAUCUCUUCGUGGUGAAAAGGCUUCUCGCGCGCAAAUUUUGAAAAAAGCAGCCGAGUACAUUCAGCUCAUGAGGAAAAAGAAUUCUAUCCAUCAACAGGACAUUGAUGAAUUGAAGAGGCAAAAUAAAGUUUUGGAGGAGCAAAUUGCCCAGAUCCUGGCAAAUUAUCAAGAGGAUUCGUUGAGAUAAUUCAAGUUGAUUUCAAAUGCCAUUCAAUUUCGUCAGUUCUUAAAAACAUUUGAAAUUAGACGUCGCUUUGGUCAGAACUGGUCAACUUAACUUAGCUGGAAAAAAUAAAAUGUCAUUAUUUCUUCCCAUAACAAUGGACGAUUCUAUGAAUAUUUACUAUUUUAAUUACAUGUACCACGAUUAUAAACGAUUUGACGGUUUAAGUAUUUUCACUAAAUUUUGCUUUUUGAGAGUUAGGUAGUACAAUUUAUACUACUUUUCAAAAUUAUCUCAUCAUUAGAUAUUGUUUAUCGCCACUACUCUUUUUAUAAACACCAGGUACGAUGUUUCAAUCUAUGUUCAAAACUCAAACAAUGGUUAUAUUUUUUGGUUUGAUUUCAUAAUAAAAAAAAUCAGACCAUCCAAAA